AUGGAGCAGCAGAUGCUGCACCAUAGCCCAACCGAGCAGCAGAAGGCAGUGGAGCAGCAGACUCUGAACCAGAGCCCCACUGAGCAGCAGAACGCAGUGGAGCAGCAGCUUGUGCACCCGAUCGCCACGGAGCAGCGGAAGGCGGUGGCCCAGCAGACUCUGCACCAUAGGCCCACGGAGCAUCAAGGCGCAAUGGAGCAGCAGCCUGUGCACCAUAGCCCAACCGAGCAGUAG